GAGCCGGGGCCGGCUGAUGCAACCUCCGGCGAGCGGCGCGUCGGGGAGAGUCAGGAAGCCGACAGGGACCGGGCCUGGCCAAUCAGCUGCCGCGGGAAGAAGGCGGAAGGGCCCGCCCCCUGGGCUCUGCGAGUGACGUUCCGCGGCGAAGGGUGGGCGUCCCGGCCGCCGUACGUUCCCGCCGGGUGGCCGGGGUUGUCCCGCUCGACGCCGGCCCUGCGGCCAUUUUGAGCUCGGUUAGUCCCCGCGCCCGUCUGCUGGGCCGCCCAGCCCUUGCGGGGGGACGCGCUGCGAGGGGUGGAAAGUCGUGCUGCCGCCGCGAGAGGCCUCUGUAUGGUGCCUCGAGCGGACUAGGACCCUCCUUCCCGCCGGGAUGGGUGUCGCCGCCCGCGCCGGCCUCUCCGGACUGCCGUCUGCUGCCCGCGGCCAAGGCCGCCGCCCUCUGUGGCUCUUCUGCUGCCCCGGGGACCUGUCUGGGACGCCGACUCCUCUACGAGGCGAGGUCGGGGCCGUGUAGGCCUCCCCGCCUCGCGUCCGAUCCAGCCGCCGGGCCGCGCACCUCGCUGAGACCCUGCCGGGAGCAGAGGCCAUGGAGCCGGGAGCGGACCUGCCGCCCUUCUUCCCCCGGCGCUCGCCACCCGGCGCCGCCGCCGAGCACCCCGGGGACCCCAAGCCGCUGUCCUCGCCCGGGCCCGAGGCUCGGUCCAGCUUCUGGGUGAAGCUGCUCUCCCAGCUCCUGGCGCCGCUCCCCGGCCUGCUGCAGAAGCUGCUGGUGUGGAGCCAGCUCCUCGGCGGCCUGGUUCCGGCCCGGUGGUUCGAGUUCGCCGCGGGCUACAGCGUCCUGAGAGCCCGGGAGGAGCCCGCCGCCCCCGCGGGGCCCAAAUCUCUGAGUUCGCUGGGGCUGGACGCCUCGGUCGACCCCGCCGCCGCCGAUCUUCUGGACCUGCUGGAGGAGGGGAUGCACUGGGAGUGCUCGCCCCCCGACCCGAAAGCCCAGCGCCGGGCCUCGCACCCCGCGCCCCACGCGGCUCUGCUGGAGCAGCAGCUGUGGCGCGUGGAGCUGUUGCAGGGCGGCCUGACCGCCCGGCUGUUAUCUGGCCGGGACCUUGGCCUGGCGCCCUCCGGGCCGCAGCACGUUCACCGCGUCAGCAGUUUCAGCGCCGUCUCCUAUUUGCUGAGCCCCUCUUAUCUGGACUGCCUUUCCCCGGUGGAGCGGAGCUGUCAGAACUUCAUCGCCAGUGGCGAGCUCGUGGACUUGCAGCCGGUAACCGGCCCGGAGAGCAGCUGUCCCCCGGAGGACCGUUCUCCCCCGCGGCCGCUGAAGGCCGAGGUCGCCUGCUCCUCCUGGCAGGGAUGCCCGCCUCGCUCGAGGGAAGGCCUGCCCGAGAUUCACCACGUUCGCAUGAAGCGGCUGGAAUUCCUUCAGCCGCCUAGCAAGGGGCAGGCGUUACCCACGCCUGACCAAGAUCAUGGCUACCAUAGCCUGGAGGAGGAACACAGCCUCCUCCGGAUGGACCCGAAGCCGUGCGGAGGCGUUCUUCCUGCCGGAGCCAGUCCCGGAACCGCCCAGGAGCCCACGGGAGAAAGACAAGAGUUGACCAAAGAGGCUCCUCUUGCUGGGGAAAGGCAGGACCCAGUGGAAAGCUGUCAGUCUGGUGAGGCACCUAUGGAAAGAGAGCCCGAGGAGGACCACCUAAGUGUAGCUGACUUCUCAGACAUAGACGAUGACCUUCCGGUGUCUGCCAGGCCGGCCUGUAGCAACCGGUUGAUAGAUUACAUUUUGGGAGGUGCGGCCAGUGACCUGGAAGCAAGUUCUGACUCAGAAGGUGAGGAUUGGGAUGAGGACGCUGAGGAUGACGGCUUUGACAGUGAUGGCUCGCUCUCAGAAUCAGACCUUGAGCAAGACUCUGAAGGGCUUCACCUUUGGAACUCUUUCCACAGUGUAGAUCCUUAUAAUCCCCAAAACUUUACAGCAGCGAUCCAGACUGCUGCCCGAACUGCUCCUGGAGACCCCUCUGACUCAGACAAGGAUCUGUCCGACAAGUCUGAUCUGGAGGAGAAUUCUCCCCAGACUGGAAGCCUCCUUCCUGAGUCUCCUGACUGUCAUUCUGGGGAGGAAGAUGACUGGGAAUCUAGUGCAGAUGAAGCAGAGAGCCUCAAACUGUGGAACUCUUUCUGUAAUUCGGAUGACCCCUACAACCUUUUAAAUUUUAAGGCUCCUUUUCAAACAGCAGGGAAAAGUUGGAAAGGCUGUCAUGACUCAGAGAGGCCAUCUGAGCCCAUUGUGACCAUCUCUGAGUGUCACACCUUACUUUCCUGUGAGGUGCAACUGUUAGGGAGCCGAGUCAGUGAAUGUCCAGACUUGGUAAGGGGUGGGGUUCUUUCUGGAGGACACACGCAUAUCAAGAGAAAAAAGGUAACCUUCCUUGAAGAAGUUACUGAGUAUUAUAUAAGUGGUGAUGAGGAUCGCAAAGGACCAUGGGAAGAAUUUGCACGGGAUGGAUGCAGGUUCCAGAAACGAAUUCAAGAAACAGAAGACGCUAUUGGAUAUUGCUUGACAUUUGAGCACAGAGAAAGAAUGUUUCAGAGACUCCAGGAAGCAUGCUUCAAGGGACUUGAUGCUUUCUAGCCAAGUUCAGAUGACGUAAUAGCCUCCAGCCCUAGCAUACACUAAAUAACUCUUACUUCAGAGGUUUCUUUCAAGACAAAAAUUGGCAGCUGUCCUUGGACCAUUUUUUUUUAGAGGAUAUGUAACUUGGAUCCAGCAACCUUGUUUAAUAUUGUUUUGCAACAUAUCCCACUCAGAAAUGUCCAGGUUGGAAGCCAAGCCCUGAUAAUGAAGGAUGAGAUGUGUAAUUUCUAAUCUUACCUUGUUUCUUUAGUCAGAUGUGUUUUUGGAUUGUGUGUGCUUCUUGAGGUGAAAAAGGAACCUCUUAAGGUGUAACUCUGCACUUUCAAAACUUACUUUCUUGGGAAACAAUGUAGGGUUCACAGCCCAUUUUAUAUUUUAAUUUAAAUUACGUGUACCUGUCUGAAAACUGGGCUCUUUUUACUUUUUUCCUCCAACAUUCUUUUUUCCCCCAGUUUAUCUUUAUUGUUAAAAGUGCUACAAUUGUCCUUUUUUCCCCCCCACUGACCACCCCCCUUCACCCCACACCCGCCCCAGUUUAUUUUAUUUUUUCUCCAUUGAUUUCAGAAAGAGGAAGGGGGUGGGGGGAGCGAGAGCGAAACAUAGAUAAAUUGCCUCCCAUACUCGCCCCAACCUGGAUUAGGGAUGUGCCCUGACUGGGAAUCGAACCCAACACCUUUUGGGAUGACACUCCAACCAACUGAGCCACACCGGCCAGGGCUUUUCCCUCCAACAUUCUGAAAUUAAUGGGCUUUUAUGUUUUCUCUGUAUUAUCUUAUUUCAGUGACUUGGCCUUUCCACCUUAAGGCUAAGAAAAUAAUCUUGUGUAUGCUA